CUCAAAGCCCGGAUGGAGCAGCCAUUGGGGAAGUGAGCAGGGCUUGAACGUAACUGAGGAGGGCUGUCUCUGUGGAAUAAAAAAGACAAAGUAACUGACGGCCGAAGACACAAAUAUACAAGAUCCGAAAGGUCCAGUCGGCGACAAAAAACGUUAACUUGAAAACCUGUAUCAAGACUUGACUGCAUUGUGACACGUUAUCGGAGGCGACAGACUUGAACUGUGGAAGUUGGGAUACGUGAACACAUCGGAAAAUAUACAGCUGAGCCUGCGCUACAACUACUAGCCACACGCUAAGCGGCAUAACUAGCCAGAUAGCUAACUGUAACUGAGCUGGGAAGUUGCUUUCAAAUCACGGGGCUUGAAAUCCAGUCACAAGCUCAGGCUCUGUGAGAAUCCAGGGACUUGCUUAAUGAAUUAUGUCUGCCACAAGCAUUGACCCUCAGAGAUCAAAGGGGCAAGCAUCUAAAGUGCAAAAUGGUUCAUUGCAUCAGAAGGAGACUGUCCACGACAAUGACUUUGAGCCAUACCUCACAGGUCAAUCAACUCAGAACAACAGCUACCAGUCCAUCACCGACCCCUACCUGUCCAGCUACUACGCCCCUUCCAUUGGAUUUCCAUACCCCCUCAGUGAGGCUCCCUGGUCUACAGGCGGGGACCCCCCUAUUCCUUACCUCACCCCGUAUGGACCCUUGAGCAAUGGAGACCAUCACUUCAUGCCGGACACAGUGUUUGGCCAGCCAGGAGGCCUGGGAAGCAGCAUCUACCCACACAGGUUUAACUUUUUCCCUGAAAACCCUGCCUUCUCUGCAUGGGGCACAAGUGGCUCCCAGGGCCAGCAGACUCAAAGUUCAGCUUAUGGCGGCAGCUACAGCUAUCCUCCCAGCUCUCUGGGGGGCACCCUGGUGCCUGAUGGUCAGACAGGCUUUCACAGUGACACCCUUAACAAGGCCCCUGGAAUGAACAGCUUGGAGCAGGGUAUGGUUGGCCUGAAGAUCGGUGGGGAUGUCACUGGCCAGGGGUCAGGAGUCAAGGCUGUGGGAUCUGUGAUUGGUGGGCCUGCAGUGGCAGCGACAGGAAAUGGAGCUACUCCCAUUGGAAUGCCCCCACCCAAACCCACCUCCUGGGCAGCCAUUGCCAGCAAGCCUGCCAAACCCCAACAGCUGAAAACUAAAGUGAAGUCAGGGAUGCCCAAUCCAGGGGGGGCUCUGCCCCCCCCACCCAUCAAACACAACAUGAACAUAGGGACCUGGGACAAGGGCCCGGUCACUAAAGUAGCCACAGCCCCACUGCAGCAGCAGCCGCCUCUUGGCCUGCCUCAUGCCAUGCCACCUCAAGCCCCCAUGCAGCAAGGACCCAUGCAGCCCCCACCCCCCCAGUCUUUGGUGCAGCCCCAGAUGCAGCCUAUGGCCUUACAGCCCCAGCCUCCGCAUCACCAACACCAACACCAUCAGCCACCACCUCAGCCCUACCAAAACCACACCCAGCCCCCACAGCCCCAGACCCGUUGGAUUGCCCCACGCAAUCGCAACCAAGGUUAUGGGCAAGGUGGCCUUGGCCAAGAUGGUAGUGGUGUGAUGGGGAUGGUUGGUGGUGGGAACAGUGGCCCUCAAAAUUCCUCUAGCCAGGGACCUGGUGGAGAGUCCCACCCUGUACUGGAGAAAUUGCGUGCCUCCCAUAGCUACAACCCCAAGGACUUUGAAUGGAACUUGAAGAACGGCCGUGUUUUCAUCAUUAAGAGCUACUCUGAGGACGAUAUCCAUCGCUCCAUCAAGUAUUCCAUCUGGUGUAGCACAGAGCACGGCAACAAGCGGCUGGACUCAGCCUUCAGGGCGAUGAAUGGUAAAGGCCCUGUGUAUCUGCUGUUCAGUGUCAAUGGCAGUGGUCACUUUUGUGGUGUGGCAGAGAUGCGUUCACCAGUGGACUAUGGCACCAGUGCUGGUGUUUGGGCACAGGACAAGUGGAAGGGCAAGUUUGAUGUGGACUGGUUGUUUGUUAAAGAUGUGCCUAACAGCCAGCUGCGCCACAUCCGCCUGGAGAACAACGACAACAAGCCAGUGACCAACUCCCGUGACACUCAGGAGGUUCCUUUGGAGAAGGCCAAGCAGGUGCUCAAGAUCAUCGCCACCUACAAACACACCACCUCCAUCUUUGAUGACUUUUCCCAUUAUGAGAAGAGGCAGGAAGAGGAGGAGGAGGUGCGCAAGACUUUCGAACCUGCUCAGAUACAGAACCGCUCUCGGUUGGAUCAGGAGCGCCAAAACAGGAAUAAACAAUAGAAGACAUUUAUCCUUGGCUUGAUCGACAGUUACACUAGGACUUUUGAUUUAAGAGACAGAAGAAUAUGAAAAUGCAACCAAGCCCUUCAUUUUUUUCUAUUUAAUCCUGGUGAAUCUCUGCCAUUGUCAAAACUUGUGCUUUUUUUGCCCCAUGUACCACCCACUUCUUGUGCAGGGAUAACAAGCUGAUUUAAUGUAUUACCUAGUCACCACCACACUCUUUAGUUCAUUUUUUUAAAAAUAUAUUUUUCUUCCCGUUCUUGCCAUCUCGUACUCUUCUCUCACCAGACUGGUUAUCUCUCCUGCCCCCACCCCUCCUAUUUCCAAUUGAAUCAGGGUUUGACUGCACCAUGGAGAAAAAAAUCUGCCACUUUAUAUUUCAGUACAAUCAGGAACGGAUGUGUCCUGCCCCUUUUUGUCCAUUUGGGGGCAACAUUGCCAUGCUUCAGAGGUUUAACUGUGCCAACAGGGUUGGAGGAUCCCAAAGGCAAUGUUGGACUUGGAACUGUGUGAUAAUAAAACUUCAAUGGUUUAUCUAUUUUUCAUUCAGAUCAACAAAAUCUCUAUUUUUUGGCUUACUACUGACAAUUUCAUUUCAGAAACCUGUUUUCUGGAGCCUUAAUGUUUUUUUUCUAAUUAUUGGUGACUUCUCAAAAGAACUGCUCAAACAGUGACACUGCUGGAGAAAUCAGGGAUAGUGUGAAGUCACACGGGACUCGAGACAUUUCAGAGGAGGAAUUGCAAAGGCCUCUGGGAAAGAAAUAACUGAUGUGUCCUCCACAACCAGAACUCUCACCAUUUGAAUCAAAAAUUGUACUAUUGACAUCUUUGACACCCCACUGCUUUGCUUUCUUUCGGUGUUUGUCUUUGAAGGUUCUUCGUAUGUUUCAUCAGGAGAUUAUGCUUAUGUAUACAACCCAGUCUGAGAGAAUCGUCACAUCCACCAUUUUAAAUUGUUUUAUAAUCAGAAUUAUGUAAUGAUGUAACUGCUACAUUGAAUGAAUUGUUGCUAUGGUGUUUUUGUUUCACAAAAAGGGGGGAGGGUUCACAUAUUUGUUCAUUCACCAUCAUCCUGUCUUAAUCCUCUGUUCUCGCUUUUUUCUCCCCCUUGAAUUUGGUUUUGCUAAGUCUAUCAUGUUGGUCGUAAUGCUAAGCUUUAACGUAGGAGCCUAUAUAUUCAUGGAGAAAGCCUAAAAAUGUAUAACCUAAAAAUUAAUGUAACUGAUUUACUAUCGAGUAAGAAAAAAUACGAAUGAAAUGUGGUUUCUGUGUGUUUUUUGGUUGUUGUUGCAAAAAAAAAAAAAAGUUUGUUCUAGACUGAAACCAUUGAUUUUGAAACAGUACAGUACUUUCAGGAAUGUUAUGGAGAAAAAGAUUGGAAAUUAAAAAAAAAAAAAAAAUCUAAAUUGAUGUGUAUGCCCAUGCAUGGCAAGCUGCAAUACAUUAAGUCCCCUGAAAAUGUUAAAAUAUCCAUCCUGCAGCUUGAAUGUGAGGCAAACAGUGGCAGUGUUGUUUAGUUAAUGGUUCCUUACAGAACAGCGACCCCCUGUUCUCGUGUCACCGUUUUUCAGAGGCAGAAGGGAGGUUUUUUUUUUGGCAGAGAUUUGCAGGUUCCUACUACUUGAUCGCUAACUGGUAGCAGCUAACUGUCACUAAAGUAUUUUGUGGGUUGCAAUAUUACUAUAAUGCAGAGAGGAAUGCUGCUAAUAGACACGGUUGUCUCAUGUUAAGGGACUUUUCUGGGUGUUGACAUUUUUUGUGUAUUUGUGUAAGUGUUGAAAUCUGAUGUAGCUACAUGGUUACACAAACGGUCACAUCACAAAUUUCUGUUGGUUUAAGAUUGACAGUGGUACCUUUCCGGGUAGUGUGGACUGGGCUUCUUCAUAUUAAGUUGUUUGCUCUUUGAAGAAUGUUAGAAAAUGUUUAUCUGAUCUAUUAUGAUUCUGUCAGAACUUGACCCCAUGUUAAGUCAAGACUAGUACUGCACUUUGACAAAGUCACCCAAGUGUGUGUAUGACCUGUAUGCUUCACAACCAACAUUUCCAAAUAGGUGAAGCUGCAUUGUACUUUUACCUGGCCAGUGUAAUCCUUUGUAAUCGAAAGAAAUGACCGCAAACCUCUAACACAAUCCCUUUUCCUCUCCACCUCCUUUACUUUACCUGCACUAAUCAAUAGCUAGGUUGAUCCAAGCAAUACAGUGAAUGCCCUUCACGUUCGCCUUCACCAUUACUGCUCUCUCCAUCCAGUGUAGAGUCAGGGGGAGGUGAAAGGCUAAAGGACGCCAUCGAAGACCGAAUCGCAGGCACACCAGUCUUUGCCUCAGGAAGCAUGAACUGGUCGUGGUUUUACUACAGGGCUUACAUGCACGAAAAUAACUGUCAGAGGAUGAUCGCUGCAAUAGAGAGACAUGUCAGGUUAGCCAUAAAAUUCUAUGUAUGAACACUACAAAAGGAGUACUGACAUGAAAUAUUAAAUAAACAUCGAUUAUCUUAUAGACCACAGUUGUAGUGGGCAUAAUAACCUGUUCAAAAGAUCUAUCUUGGUUUUUCUUUAUAGAAGAAAUCAAGCCUUAAUAAACUGUCCAUUCAGCAA